GAUGAGUCAGCAUUCUGGGGUCCACCACGUGCACUUCAUCUUCACAACUCUCGCGAGUCACGUCGACGCUGUUUUAGCGCUGUGCUCUCUCAGCCAAGGUGUGUUUCACACGGCCCGCCGCCACGUCAGGUGUGACGCCUGCAGUACCUCGUCCUGGUGUAAGCAUCGUGACAUUCGCAAGAAGACGAUGCCAGGUUCAUACAAUCCUCGUCUUCGUAGCCCUGCCGCACCGAGCUGGGAAGGGCAAAGAUGUCCCACGCGGCGGUGAGUUGGAGGACUCUGACCCUUGACAACACGCACAUCCCCCGACUCCUGGUGAAACGACGCUUUGCUCGUGAUGGCUAUGACGUGCAGGUGACGGACUUGAGUCGGGUGUGGGCGGAAGCUCUGUCCAGAGACGACAUUGUGCAACGCGCUACAGAAAGGGGAAGCAGCAUCGAUCCCGGCGAGGACGACGAGCAGCUUGACAUCUUCCUGCGGAAGAUCCAGAGCGCUCUUGAGCACGAAGACGGCACGUUGCUUGACAUUUCCAGUGCCAAGGAUGGCACCGUCCUCCAGCUCAACGUGCAAGCGCCGCUACCACAUCCGUUUCCUCCUUUCAAAUGGACGCUGGACCUGGAACGCCAACCAGACCAUCACAUCGAGCACGAGUUGGUAACGCCACUUAUUUUGCAGGCGACGCACCUCCGACAACAAGUCCAGCAACUCAUCCACGAAAUUCAUGACAAGGACCGAGUGAUUUCCAAGAUAUGCGAUCGGCUGGAGACCUCUGGUAACGAUCUUACCACCGUCUUUCCAGGUGUCUCUAAUGUCAAGACUUCGCGGAAGAAAAGCCAAAGGGAGCAAUUGGGUCAUCACGUCAAGGGCCUCAAUGACUUUGAUGAGAGCGCAUGGAGGCAGCAAAGUGACAGCGCAAACGUCGGCGAGCAGCCUGAUGAGGAAACUCUCGAUGACAUCUUCCGACACCUACCAUCGGGGGCAUUACGUGGGGAAGUAAGCAGUUCGGGUGAGUGGUGGAGCUCGUUGAAUGCUCGCCCACCCCGUCAAUCCUUGUCCCGAUCUACGAAAAGGGCUUCAACGAACACGGAACACCGUCCGCUAUCGACACGUGCUACUAACAAUGUCGUCGAUGCUCUGGAGAAUGGCGAGUUUCAACGUCAGGGCACUCCACCGCACUUGAAACAACCAGCCUUGAAGCCGACAUCGAUAUCUCCCGAUAGAAAUGUCAAAGCGAAGAAUGAUGCGCCCGUGAACGACUCUCGGGAUGCGCAUUCUGAUGGCAGCACCACAGACGAAGAAGCGGAUCUUGAUGCGCCUCCACCAAAAAGUCGAUCAGCGCAGAGGGCUGACGCAACUGAGAGACGCACCGCGGCUUCGGCUUCGCCAAAGAGGCUCGGGGCUAUUGGUGGCCGUCUACCACGUACAGUAUCGCCAAAACCCGAAGAUACAACGCAACCAGAUGAUACACCCGCUCCAAAGACCCGCGGAAAACUGGGCACCAUUGGAGGCAAGACGAGCCAGGCCCUUUCAGUCGCUUCGCCACCGCGCGCGUCAAGCAGCAAGCCGGUUACCCAUGAACCGUCGCCAGCGAAGCCAUCGAAACUGGGUGCGAUUGGGGGUCGGAAGACUGAAAAGGCGACAUCAUCUUCUCGUCACGCGACCGAAGAGGCUGCAGAGCCGGAAGCUCCCACUCCUGCAAGAUUGGCGAGGAAGGCGGAACAGCAAUCACCUCCAGCCGUUCGAGAGACGUCAGAAGAGCGAGCAGAUCGAAAGAGGGAUCAGCUGAAGAGAGAGCUGGAGGAGAAGGCCAAGGCGCCUUCGAAGAAGAAACGGAGAUUCUAAGUAUAACAACCAUUUUACUUGUCAUUCUCACAUGUAUUUUCCAUUCUCCAACGUGAUCACGAGCCGUUUGCCUGGGCCUGUCAUCCGUUCCGACGGAUCAGGUGUCACCUUGAAACCCGUCCCGAAACGAAUCCGCUCCUUCCUUGUUUGUCGAUAAUCUCUUAGCUCCCGCUUCCCGCCCGUUGGGGCGUGCUUCCGA